CCUGACUGACCUGUACUCACACUUCCUGCUGGUUCAGAUAAAGAGGAAGAAGCAGAAGUAUGAUGAGGGACAUGAGACGAGUCCACUGGAGCUGACGGAGGCUGACAGCAAUGUUCUUCUGAAGCUGGGGAGGCUGGCGUUUGAACAGCUGGAGAAAGGAAACAUCAUGUUCUACCAAGAAGACCUGGAGCAGUGUGGUCUUGAUGUCACAGAGGCCUCAGUGUACUCAGGAGUUUGUACAGAGAUCUUCAAAAGAGAGAGUGUAAUCUUCCAGAAAACAGUCUACUGCUUUGUUCAUCUGAGCGUUCAGGAGUUUCUGGCUGCAGUUUACAUGUUCCACUGUUACACCAACAGGAACACAGAGGUACUGGAGGACUUCCUGGGGGGAAAAUAUGUUGAUUCAACCUUGGAUGUCUUCUUGAUGGGAGCAAUCAUGAAAUCCCUUGAAAAUAAAAAUGGCCACCUGGACCUGUUUGUUCGCUUCCUUCAUGGUCUCUCUCUGGAGUCCAACCAGAGACUCUUAGGAGGCCUGCUGGGUCAGACAGACAACAGUCCAGAAAUUAUCCAGAAAGCCAUCAAUAACCUGAAGAAGAAGAAGAAGAAGAAAAAAAAGAUGAACAUAACAGCCUCUCCUGACAGAAGCAUCAACAUCUUCCACUGUCUGAUGGAGAUGAACGACCACUCACUACAUCAAGAGAUCCAAGAGUUCCUGAAGUCAGAGAACAGAUCAGAGAAGGAACUCUCAGAGAUCCACUGCUCAGCUCUGGCCUACAUGCUGCAGAUGUCAGAGGAGGUUCUGGAUGAGUUGGAUCUGAUGAAGUACAACACAUCAGUGCAGGGACGACAGAGACUGAUUCCAGCUGUGAGGAACUGCAGAAAGGCUCAGCUUUCUCGCUGUGGACUCUUAGAGACUCACUGUGAAGUCGUGGCCUCGGCUCUGAAGUCCAACCCCUCCCAUAUGAGAGAGCUGGACCUAAGCUACAACAUCAACCUGCACGAUUCAGGAGUGGAGCUGCUGUCUGCUGGAAUGGAGAGUCCACACUGUAGACUGGAGACUCUGGGGUUGAGGAGCUGCUUUUUGUCAGCGACCAGCUGUGCUUCUCUGGCUUUAGCUCUGAGGUCCAACCCCUCCCAUCUGAGAGAGCUUGACAUGAGUGAAAACAACCUGCAGGAUUCAGGAGUGAAGCUGCUGCUGUGUGGUUUUCUGGAGGGUCCAGACUGCAGACUGGAGACUCUGAGAUUGAGUCGCUGCAGUCUGUCAAACAUCAGCUGUUCUUCUCUGACCUCAGCUCUGAAAUCCAACCCCUCCCAUCUGAGAGAGCUGGAGCUGAGUAACAACAACCUGCAUGAUUCAGGAGUGAAGCUGCUGUGUGGUUUUCUACAGAGUCCAGACUGUAGACUAGAGACUCUAAGAUUGCGGGGCUGCGGUUUGUCAGAAAUCAGUGCUCUGGCCUCAGGUCUGAAGUCCACCACCCCCCAUCUGAGAGAGCUGCAGCUGAGUAACAACAACCUGCAGGAUUCAGGAGUGAAGCUGCUGUGGUGUUUUCUGAAGAGUCCACUCUGUAGACUGGAGACUCUGAGAUUGAAUGGCUGCAGGUUGUCAAAGAUCAGCUGUACUUCCCUGGCCUCAGCUCUGAAGUCCAACCCCUCCCAUUUGAGAGACCUGGAGCUAAGUAUGAACAACCUGCAGGAUUCAGAUGUGAAGCUGCUAUCUGAUCUUGUGGAGAGUCCACACUGCAGACUGGAGACUCUGAGAUGGUGGUAAUGUGAUCUCUGUCAGAGUGUGAGGGAUCAGAAAGUUGGUGGUGUUGAGAGAGGAUCAGCUGUGUCCUGAUGAUCCAGAGAGGUUGAAGCAGCAGCAUCAGCUUGUGUGUGGAGAGGCUCUGACUGGGCCAUGUUACUGGGAGGUAGAGUGGAGAGGAGAGCUUCAUCCAGCAGUGACUGACAGAGGAAUCACAACAGUGCUGCCAUCUGAACUGCUCUGAGAUCAGCUCCACUGUCAGACACAAAGUCAAGUCCACCAUCAUCCUUGUGUGUUUGUCUGGAUGUAACAGUAUCAUCAGUGUAUCUGGACUGCUCUGCUGCUGCUCUGUCCUUCUACACAGUCUCUGCAGACACACUGAGACUCCUUCACUCCUGCUUCACGCUUAGCCACCUCCUCCACCUGGACGUGGACCUGGACUUAGAUUCAGAUAAUAUGUACCCAAAGUGCCUCUACAGAUUAGUUCUGAUUAUGACAACAUAACUGCAAAGUAACACAUUUUAAUGGAUUUUUCAUAUUGUUUUCUGUUGCAGCUCCACCUUGUGGAUUGAUGGAGAAUUGCAGUAAAUUUCCACAUUUUUUGGAUGCAGCAUCCAGCCUGCAUGCAUAAAGUUUCUUCUCUGAAGUUCUGCUUAUUAACACCAAUACCAGACUCUUCACACAGUUCAAUAUAUGAUUUUUUAACACAGAGAAACAUGAAGAUAAUACCUGUAGAAAGUUUGGAUUUAAUCAAAGCUUCUUGACGUCUACAAACUGAAACAUGAUUCUGAUUCCAGUCUUAAGUCUCGUUGUUAUUAGUGCAGGAUUAAAUAUCUGUUUACUUUUUGAAAUACUCUCUUUUAAUAGUAUAUCCCACCAGAUUGUGUUGUUGCAGAAAACUGAACUAAAGAACUGCAUAGUCUUGUGACAAUUAUCUGUGGGUUUGUCACUAUGAAUGACCUCAUUCAUGUUCACUUCAUUAUUUGUUGAUUGUUAAUAUAAAAAUACUGCUUAGAGUCGCUUUUUAGUCGCUGAAUUAUAUCUGGAUUUUAGUGAAAAGCCAGUCCUGUCUUAAACCUUGGUCAGGCACUAAACACCAGAACAUAUUAAUAACUUCUUAUGUAUAAUUUUUUAUUUUGACAUUAAAUUAAUCAGCAAAACAUAAUA